AUGAUGUCACUGCUGUCAGUGGAGUUAAUCUUCAGAAAAAGGAAGAACAGUCGGGUCUCCGAAGCAUCUAGAAGAGCUGUACAAGAAGACGAGGAGAGGCUGAUUCUGCAGAAAACUCCUCUUCAGAAAAAAGUGGCGGAGAUCAUGUCCAAGUGUGGUCUGAAGAAUGCUAGCAAUGAUGUAGAGAAAUGCUUGUCCUUGAGCGUGGAGGAGAGAGUGCGGAGUUUGAUAAGUAACAUGAUCAGAAUGUCGAAACAGAGGAUUGAUUUAGAGAAGCCCAGGCACAAGACUGUGGUUACCUCUGAUGUUAGACAACGACUUGUGGUAAUGAACCAGAAAGCUAAGGAUGAAUGGGACAGAAAGCUGGCUGAAGCAGAGCUCCAGCGAGUAAAUGAACCUGACACUGGUGAUGGAGCUGAAGGCGACAAGGAAAAGGAAGGUGGGAGAGGAAAAGCACCCAAGUUGAGCAAAGAGGAGGAUGUCAAGAUGAGAACAACGGCAGCAAACAUGAUGGCAGCCAGGGCUGCUGUUGGGGGAGACGACUUGAUGUCGAAAUGGAAGCUAAUCUUGCAAGCCCGUCAGAAUAGAGAAGGUGGUCAUGAAACUGCCUUUUCUCCACAAUCAGCAAAUAAAGAUGGGAGCUGCAAGCCCCAGUCAUUCUGUGGAAGGAAUGGCGUUCAAGAUGGAACAACGAAGCGCUUUGGUUCAGGAUCCUUUGGUGGUAAGAAAUUUGGGAGGAGCCAGGUUGCCGGAGCACAGCUUAGGGAGGAUAUGUACGAGAAAAUCCAGUCCAAUCCACCUCCAGAAUGA